UGAUAUUCCUGGGCAAAGAGCAAAAGGAGUGUUCUUUGUAAGAGUGAUUACCAGCAAGACUACUAAACCCAAAGGUGCUGCCUGCCUGGAUACUUGCGCAGAUUUACCAUACUAUAGUCUUCCCUGAUUUUUCAAGAGCUUCACUCAAACACUAAGAAGGAACAAGAAAACCACCUUGCGUCAUAUAGGAAGUAUUGCCCACGUUAAAAUGAAUGAUUACAUAAGUUCACAUGAUAGUGCCCUUGGACAAAAAGCAGAUUACUCAAGACAGAGUAUCAAAAGCAGUCGACCAUCUGCCAAGAAUAUUUAUGAACAGAGAAAACAAUAUGCUCAGUCUUUGACUAAGGCUGAAGACAACUUUCAACAUCGUGUGGAACAUCUCUUAACAUAUGACUUGGAUGACAAUAUUCACAAUGUAGAGGAGUGUCUGAACCAUCUUCGUUUGCUUGAUGCUGAAGGUAGAAUAUGGGGUCAAGAUUUGCUCCUACAAGUGAAAGAUGGAGAACUGAUGCUAAACGACAUGGAGACCCGGGACAGUCUAGAAAGAAUUCCCCUGCAGAAUGUCCAGAGCUCGUGUUCAGUAAUGGGGUACUCAACAUAUAAUUCAAUCCUCACUAUUACUAUCCAAGACAAGAGAAAAUCAAGCAUAUUCCUUUUCCAGUGUGAUGAACAUCCGGCUGACAUUUUGCACACAAACCUAGAGAAAGCCCUGACACAAUGGAAAGGAAACCACAAAUACAAAGAUGUUCUCAGGAACAAUAUGGGGAGUCUCCAGACACAGAAUCAGAAAAUGGGACAGUUUCCCUUUCAGAGUGUAGGAUGGGAAAGUCCUAAAUCAGAGGAUAUUAGCGGAGAACUUCCCAAUGAUUCACCCACUUCCCUGAUGAGAUUUGACCAAGAGAGUUUGCAGUCCCUAAAUGCAGAACCAACUUUCCAGCCUCAAUCAGUAUCCAGAGUAUUUGAAACACAGCGUGAUAUUGAGGUUUUGAAUCAUGUGCUCCAAGACAUUGAGAUAUUUAUCGGGAAGUUGAAUAAUGGACAGAAGAAAAAAAAAGGAAAAGGUACACUUUCAGAAGCAGAAUUUAUAGAAUGUUUGCAGAAGAUAAAAUAUGCCUUUAAUUUACUGGGGAAGCUCCAAGACCACAUGCAGCAGCCAAGCCCAUUCGAUCUAGUCCACAUGCUUUUCAGUGUAGUGCCCGUGGUCUUAUCCAGUUGUCCAAAGAAAAACAUAUCUCCAUCUGUAGUGUCCCCCCUACCUACACAAAAGGCUUUGUUGCUACUGAGCUCGUGUGUCACAGACAAGGAGAGGCAAGUCUGGGAAAGCCUGGGAGAUGCAUGGAUGAGAACAAGAGCUGACUGGCCCAAUGGAAAGAACAUCCCUCAGUACAUUCCUACAUUCUCUGAUGGGUGGAUCCUGCCAGAGCUGCCUAUGUCCCCUAAUAAUGGACAGUCACAGAUCCAGCAAGACAGGCAUACUCAAUCCACUAAAAGGCAAUUUCAACCAGUUAUAAUGCACGUUCUCUGUGAUUUUGAGGCAAGAAAUAGUCGUGAGCUGUCUGUGAGGAAAGGAGACACUGUGAAGGUCCUGGACCAGAGAAGGCAGUGGUGGAUGGUAGAGAAUAAUCGGCAACAUAAAGGAUUUAUCCCAAGUAACAUCCUGGACAGUGGUGAUAGUGGACAAGUUCCUGAAGGUGUUGUGUCACUACAGCCAAGCUCUAGCCCAGAGCAUGUGACUGCAUGGCUUAAACAAAAGGGCUUUUCUACUAUUACAGUGCGGUGUCUUGGUGUUCUGAAAGGAAAACAGCUGCUGGAACUUAGCCGAGAGAACUUGAAAAGUGUGUGUCCUGAAGAGGGAGGCCGUGUAUUCACUCAGCUAAAUGCAGUGCGAGCAGCUCUUGGGAUAUGAUAUCCGGACCAGAGAACUAAUAUGCUGUACAAAACCUUUCCUACUGAGUGAAACCAGGCGUCAGUGAAGUACUAAUAUCGAUGGAUUUAUGUAAUCCGCAAAAAUAUUAACAAUGGGUAUUUUCUACUUAAAUUCAUUUAUGAAACCUACCUACAGCUUGUGGAUAUUGAUCAAAAGUUAUUUUAAUCUGUAAUACCACUUCAUGUGUUUAUUUAGGGAAUAAAAAUAUAUGU